GAUUAACCUCUGUCAGAACAAUUAAUUCACUAAAACUCCACCCAAAUGGCACAUUAUUCCUUCUUACAUUACUUGGUAAUCUCUCUGUUCCUCCACAACAUUUGCAUUGCUGAUCACUACACAUUUACGGUUAAGGAAGUUCCAUACAAGAAACUGUGUAGCACGAAGAAGAUUUUAACCGUAAACGGUCAGUUUCCUGGACCAGUUUUAAAGGUUUACAAAGGUGACACCAUUUACGUUAACGUUCGUAACCGAGCUAGUGAAAAUAUCACAAUGCAUUGGCAUGGUGUAGAGCAGCCGAGAAACCCGUGGUCAGAUGGACCCGAAUACAUCACUCAAUGCCCGAUUCGACCCGGGUCGGAUUUUAUGUACAAAGUCAUAUUUUCCAUCGAAGACGCGACUGUUUGGUGGCAUGCACAUAGCUCUUGGACACGUGCCACUGUACACGGCCCGAUUUUCGUAUAUCCUCGACCCCCGAAAGCCCUCCCUUUUCCAAAGCCGGACCACGAAGUCUCCUUAGUUCUUGGAGAGUGGUGGAAGAAGGAUGUGAGAGAGGUAGUGGAACUGUUCACGAGGACCGGAGGUGAUCCUAAUGUGUCCGAUGCUUUGACCAUCAAUGGCCAUCCUGGUUUCUUAUACCCUUGCUCUAAAUCAGAUACAUUCAAGUUGGUGGUAGAGAAGGGCAAAACCUACCGCAUUCGAAUGGUAAACGCGGCAAUGAACCUAAUUCUCUUCUUCGCAAUCGCAAAACACAGCCUCACCGUGGUCGCAGCCGAUGGCCACUACACCAAACCACUAAACGCUGCUUACAUAACCAUAUCUCCAGGCCAAACGCUAGACGCGUUAUUACACGCCGACCAAAACCCAAAACGCACUUAUCACAUGGCGGCCAGAGCUUACCAUAGCAACCCCGUGAUCAAUUUCAACAACUCCACAACCGUCGGGAUCUUACAUUAUAACGACGACGCCAAAACGUCAUCGUCUUCAAAACGCUACCCAAACCUUCCUCGUUACAAUGAUACGCGAGCAGCUUUCAGUUUCUUUGCCAAUAUCAAAAGCUUAUACUCGGGACAAGUCCCCGUAAAACUCUCACGUAAGAUAUUCACGACGGUUUCGAUAAACCUUCUCUCGUGUCCCAAUAACUCGUGUGAAGGUCCAAACGGGUCGAGAUUAGCGGCGAGUAUGAGCAACAUAUCGUUCGUUACACCUAGCCACGUGGACAUACUAAAGGCUUAUUACCUUCACCUUAAGGGCGUUUACGGAACGCGGUUUCCGGAUUUCCCACCGCUGUUUUUCAACUUCACCGCGCAGAACCAACCGAUGUUUUUGCAGACGCCGAGACUAGCGACCGAGGUGAAGAAGAUUGAGUUUGGUGAAGCGGUUGAGAUUGUUAUUCAAGGGACGAGUUUGACAGGUGGUGGGAUCGAUCAUCCUAUGCAUCUCCAUGGUUUUAGCUUCUAUGUGGUUGGUGUUGGCUUUGGGAAUUUUAACGCGAGUGAAGAUCCGUCUAGCUAUAAUCUCUACGAUCCUCCGUAUAGAAAUACGGCGACUGUCCCCAUCAACGGUUGGAUCACUAUCAGAUUCGUAGCUGACAAUCCAGGGGUUUGGUUCAUGCACUGUCACUUUGAUAGACAUCUUACGUGGGGUAUGAAUGUUGUCUUUAUUGUCAAGAAUGGAAGAGCACCAAAUCAGCAGAUUCUGCCUCCACCACCUGACUUGCCUCCUUGUUAUUAAAUAAUUCAACCAACAGUUUGAUUAUCUAUUCAAAUUGUUUCCAAUUUUAGUAUAUGUAAUUCUAUCAUGCUGUGUUAUGUUGAUGUCAUAAACUGGAUUUAUUGUUUUUUUUUUCUUAAUAAUAUUCACAAGUUUUUCCACGGUAGUAAUAAU